CUGCUCCCUCAGCUUCUCUCUAUAUAUAGAGAGAGGGAGUUAAGAGUUUGUUGGUUAUUAAUCAACAACUUCUUCUGCUCCCACUUGGAAUCUACAACUUCUGAUCUCGCCGGCCAUCGUUUUCUUCUCCGAAUUGGGAAAGGUUUUUCCUUCAUUUCGAGCCUCCUUUCUGUGAUGUCGGGAGAUUAUCGACAAUGAGUAUGAGCGCGACUGUUCCUUUGAAAGAAGGGGAAGCACCAGAGGCGUCCACUAGUGCGCCGGCGGAGGCGGCGGGGAAGACUUCGAAGGUUGUAGUUGGAUACGCUCUCAGUUUGAAGAAGAAGAACAGUUUCCUGCGGCCCAAGUUUCUUAACGUAGCUCGAACCAAGGGGAUUGAAUUUGUGCCGAUUGAUGUGAAUAAACCUUUAUCGGAACAAGGUCCAUUCGACAUUAUUUUACACAAGAUAGAAGGAAAGGAAUGGACUGAAGCUGUUAAGGGACUGAAGCCGGAUGUCAUAGUCCUUGACCCCCCUGAUUCCAUUCAGCGACUGCGAAAUCGCCAAUUGAUGCUCGAGGUGGUUUCUGAUCUGAAGUUUCAAGAUAGUGAUGGCAAUGAAUUAGGUCAUGUUCGUGUUCCGAGACAGGUGGUGAGUUCUAGCAAUCCUGCUUCAAUACCUGAUGAAGUUUCUAAAGCAGGACUAAAGGUGCCAAUAGUUGUGAAACCACUGCUCCUCGAUGAAACUGCAAAGUCGCAUGAACUAUCCCUUGCGUACGAUCUUCCAUCCCUCGCAAAACUCAAUGAACUCGAUGGUCCCGUUGUCUUACAAGAGUUCAUCAAUCAUGGCGCUGUGCUGUUUAAAGUUUUCGUAGUCGGUGAGGCUGUUCAAGUUGUAACACGCCCAUCACUGUGUGAUGUAUUCGACUACGAACUAUCACUACUUUCCGGCAUCAUUCCCUUGUACAGAGUUUCCUCUGCUGAAGCAUCUUCACUAAUUGCAGUUCCAUAUUUUGAACUUCCUCCACAGCCUUUGAUUGAAGGCCUUGUAAAAGAUCUCCGCGAAAAACUGGGACUACGUCUAUUCAACAUAGACGUUAUCAAAAAGAGAGGGAGCAAGGAAUACUACGUCGUGGACAUAAACUACUUCCCUGGAUACGCAAAGAUGCCCGGUUACGAGGACAUAUUCUCCGAGUUCCUCGUCAGCCUCGGCCCGAGCAUGAAACAGCUGUGAUGAGUGUUCGUUUUCUUACUUCUUCUACAUCUACCUUUCUUUAAUUUCUUAGCUCAGAUCUAUCAUCAUAUCAUAGUUCAAAUAUACAGAAAAAAUAGGUUUCAUUGGAUUAGCAAUGAAAUGUUUUUUUGGGGAUUAUCCAUUGUUAUCACAUAAGGUCCUGACUAUUCGUUCUA